GGGAUAUCCAGAGAGCGCGAGAGAAGCCUGUAGCCAGUGAAAGAGUCAGGGGGAAUUCCUGGAUAAUAAAAUAGAAAGAUGAGGGGAGGGGUAUACUAACUAUUUCAAAGUCUCCUCCAACUUUUGCUGAAAGCACACUUAGAAAACUAAAAGCUUUCUCCAGAUGCAUUGUUCUAAUCUCGAUUUUCUUUUUAGGGAGAGAAGAAGCCUAUGCUUCUGCCAAAAUGCUUCAAGAAGCUGGUUUGGAAUUUGAUGUAUGCCAUACAUCACUUUUGUCACGAGCAAAUGACACACUUGAUGUUAUUCUCAGGGAAAUUGGGCAACCCAAUCUUCCUGUCUACAAAUCAUGGCGUUUAAACGAGCGUCAUUAUGGAGCCCUCACAGGGUUCAAUAAGUUGCAGACUGCUCAGAAAUAUGGAGCUGAGCAGGUUCAAAUUUGGAGAAGAAGUUAUGACAUCCCACCUCCUCCAAUUGAAGAAGACCACAAGUACUAUAGUGCUAUUGUGAAUAACCCAAAGUUUACCCAGGAACUGAGUAAGGAUGAGAUUCCAAGAACAGAAUCACUGAAAACAACUCUCCAACGUGUCAUACCAUAUUGGGAAGAUGUGAUAGCACCACAAAUUCGUCAGGGGAAGCGAGUUUUAAUUGUGACUCAUGGAACAAGUCUACGAGGUCUCGUAAAACAUGUUCAACAGAUGUCUGACGAAGUGAUAGUAAAGCUCAACCUCCCGAAUGCAAUUCCGUUUUACUACGACUUAGAUGAGAACUUGCAAACUGUUGGUCCCCUUCGUUUCCUGGCAGAUGAAGAAACUGUUCGCAGAGAAAUGGAAAAAGUGGCAUCAAUAGGGAAGUAGCAGGAUUUUAUAUAGACCACUAUAAGACUGAUUUGUUUUACUUAUUGUCUUACCUGUUCCAAAAGUUCAGGAACUAAUUAAUUUAUAAAAGUUGUGUCACUAAAUCUGAUUCCUAUGAUAAUGGAGUUAUGUUUAUUGAAAAGUUGUUCUCUGUUAUGAGUAUAUUUUUAAGUAUCUUCCGCAGAAAAGUGAAUGCUACUCAGAAUUUUAAGAAUAUACAUAAGUAGUGUGAGACAUUCUACGGACUGUAUAAAUUUGGUGUAAGUUGCAUGGGGCAUUUACUAUUUAAUUACUUUGAGGCAAGGUUCCUUGCCAAAAUGUAUAUUUAUAGGUACAACCUAGAACUUUAAAAGAAUAGAAAGAUAAAAUUGAAAAGUAAAUGUUUACUCUGGCUAGAGAUAUGAAGAACGAUUGCUUAAACAAAAAUUAUUCUAACAUUAUUGAUAUGUGUAUAUAAAUAACAAAAAUAUAAUUUUACAUAAUAUAUAGAAAUAUAUAUACUGAUCCACUUUA